AGAUCGCUGGGGCGUCCAGCAACAGACCAAAAUUAUUUGGACAAAAAUCGGCACAAGCAAUUCGUCGAGGAAAAAAAGGGCGGAAAAAUGGGCCUGCUGCCGUUCAUUAUUUUCAGUGUUUUGCUAUCGUCAAUCAGUGCAUUCAACGUGAGUGAUGAAGUUGAACGGGACAAACGUCACACCUAUUACGAUAGUGAACCACCCAUGUACUUCCGCAGCACGGACAUCCUUCCAUUCAAACGCUAUUGGCAACCCAUUUUAACCGAUAGAAACGGUGAAGGUGAAAUUAUCGACGCUUCGACGGAAGAAAGAGCCCGGAUGUUGAACAGAUUUUGGCCAUCCAAGAAAGUGAUUGCCCCCGUUGAUUCAAGUGAUGAUGACGAACUCUUAGCGAGUCGUUUCCUCAGUCGGAUACAAUCGAAAAGCAAUAAGAAUAAAAAGAACGGAAACAAUAACACACCGAGCUUCUUUGCCAGAAUGAGGAACAUGAAUCCGUUGUCGACUUUCAUGCCAUGCGAGGCGACAACGGGCAAAGAGGGCGGAGUCUGUCUUCCUUCUCCCGUUUGUUCAUUCUACGGUGGACGAGCAGUGGAUGGCGAUUGUAACAUGGCCUCGUCUUGUUGCAUCAAUGAGGUCGAAAAAUGUGGUGCCCUAGUUACGCUCAAUAACACGUAUUGGCAAGCUCCCGCGGCCGUCAGCUCGGGAAGCAGUUGCGGGUUAACAGUCAAGUUGGACGAGAACUUGGUUGAACAGAAAAAAGCCAUCUGUCAAAUACGUCUUGAUUUCAUCGCAUUCUUAAUUGAACAACCCAACGAGCAAUCGGUUUGCAGCGUGGACAGUUUCCACGUGGCGGGAGCAAACAACAAAGUGCCUGUUAUUUGCGGAGACAACGACGGACAACACAUGUAUUUGACACUUCCGCGUGAUGCCACCAGUGCCCAGUUGAUUAUGACUUUCGGCACGUCUACCAUUCCACGUUUCUGGAGAAUCAAAAUUGCCAUGCUGCCCUGCGAUUCAGAUUAUUUAGCUCCGGAUGAAUGCCUGCAAUAUUUCACUUCGACUGUCGGUUCGAUCGUAACGUUCAACUGGAAAGACACGACAUCUAGGACGACACGUCAACUUGCCAAUCAGGAUUAUUACAUGUGUUUCAGAACAGAAUUAGUCCACAGACAAGCGGCAAGCGCUCAGGUAGCAACGACCUUGUGUUUGUCGCAUUGUCAGGUGUCUAGCGGAUUACCGUUCAGCAUCUCCGGUGAUGCGGAGCCACCAUCCAGCCAAACAACGGGCGAUGAAUCGUGCAGCAAUGACUACAUCGUAUUUCCAGGAGGAUAUAGUUUCCCUCCGACUAUUCCAGUUAAACAGCGUGAUCGUUUCUGUGGUUCUAUCCUGUCCCAAGCUGAAGCGGGUACACUGCCCCAGACAAUUUGCAGUUCGGCCAAGCCUUUCCGGUUGUUGUAUCGGACAAAUAGCGAUGAGACGUUAACUCCAGCAACGGAUCCUAAUCCACUUUUAGGCAACCAGGGAUUCUGUUUAAAAUACGAGCAGAGAUUAUCUUAAUACCAUCGCUCUAGAACACGAGUGCGGAUCACGCAAACG